AUGGUCAGAUUAGGACCCAAGCCACCUCAGCACAGAAAAGGCACCUUCACCGGUGUCUCGCAAGAGUUGCUCGAUGAGAUCCACAAAAUGGAGAAAAUGUUCACCGUUUCCGGCGAAACCUUAGACAAGAUCUCGGACCAUUUUGCCUCUGAGUUGACCAAAGGCUUGUCCAAGGCCGGAGGCAAUAUCCCCAUGAUCCCAGGUUGGGUUGUUGACUACCCAACUGGUGAAGAAAAAGGUGAAUACUUGGCCAUUGACUUGGGAGGAACCAACUUGAGAGUGGUGUUGGUAUCUUUGUUGGGCAACCACAAGUUUGACACCACCCAGUCGAAAUACGCUUUGCCCAAGCACAUGAGAACCGCCAAGAGCGAGGAGUUGUGGAGCUUCAUUGCCGACUGCUUGGCCAAGUUCAUCGAGGAGUUCUUCCCUGACGGAGUCAAAAGUCCCUUGCCUUUGGGUUUCACCUUCUCUUACCCUGCCUCUCAAGACAGAAUCACCGAGGGUUACUUGCAAAGAUGGACCAAAGGCUUCGACAUUGAGGGCGUCGAAGGUAAAGACGUUGUGCCCAUGUUGCAGGAUGCCAUUGCCAAGCAGAACCUCCCUGUUGAGGUUGUUGCUUUGAUCAACGACACCACCGGUACGUUGGUGGCCUCCAUGUACACAGAUGCUGAGACUAAGAUGGGUCUUAUCUUUGGUACCGGUGUGAACGGUGCAUACUACGAGGUCUGCGGUGACAUUCCAAAGUUGGAAGGCAGAUUGGAAGACGACAUCACCCCAGAGCUGCCAAUGGCUAUCAACUGCGAGUAUGGUUCUUUUGACAACGAGCUCGUGGUGUUGCCAAGAACAAAGUACGACGUGAUCAUUGACAAAGAGUCUCCAAGACCUGGCCAGCAGUCGUUCGAGAAAAUGAUCUCGGGUUACUACUUGGGUGAGCUUUUGAGAUUGAUCCUUCUCGAGUUGGCUGAAGAGAAACACUUGAUUUUCGAUGGCCAGGACUUGACCAAGUUGCACGAGAGCUUCAUUAUGGAUACCUCGUUCCCUGCUCGUAUCGAGGAGGACCCAUUCGAAAACUUGUCUGAUGUUCAGGAUCUUUUCCAGACCCACUUGAACAUCCAGACCACUGUGGCCGAGAGAAAGGUGAUCAGAAGAUUGUCCGAGUUGCUCGGUGAGAGAUCCGCCAGAAUGUCCGUGUGUGGCAUUGCUGCCAUUUGCAAAAAGAGAGGCUACAAGACCGCCCACUGUGCUGCCGACGGUUCUGUUUACGAAAAAUACCCAUACUUCAAGGAGAGAGCCGCCCAGGCCUUGAGAGACAUCUUUGGCUGGGCCGACGACCAGGAGGACCCGAUUGUCAUUGUGCCUGCUGAAGAUGGUUCUGGUGUCGGUGCCGCUGUCAUUGCCGCCUUGACUGAACAAAGAUUGAAGGAGGGCAAGUCUGUCGGUGUGAAAAAGGCAUGA